AUGUCUGACGCUCUUCCAUUGCCAUUCAGAUACCAGUUCGCUGCCGGUGCGGUAGCAGGGAUUUCAGAGAUCCUGGUAAUGUACCCACUAGACAUGGUAAAGACCAGAAUGCAGCUGCAGGUGAAGGGAGGAUCGGGACCCGUGUAUUCCGGGGUUUUGGACUGUCUGAAGCAAAUCGUGGCCCGCGAAGGUGCCUCGCGUCUGUACAAGGGUAUCUCGUCACCCGUGCUCAUGGAAGCGCCCAAAAGAGCUACCAAGUUCGCCUGCAACGAUGAAUUCCAAAAACUGUACAAGCGCGAGUUUGGCGUGGAUAAACUCACGCAGUCGCUCAGCGUGCUGAGUGGUGCGUCUGCCGGGUGCUGCGAGGCGUUCGUCGUGGUUCCGUUCGAGCUGGUCAAAAUCCGGCUCCAGGACGUGAGCUCCAGCUACAACGGACCUAUCGACGUUGUUCGCAAGAUCGUAGCCCAGGAAGGUGUGCUGGCCAUGUACAAUGGGCUGGAGUCUACAUUGUGGCGUCACGGUGUCUGGAACGCCGGUUAUUUUGGUGUUAUUUUCCAAGUGCGCUCGCUUUUGCCCCCAGCCCAAAGCAAGUCCCAACAAACCGGUAACGACCUGAUCGCAGGUACCAUCGGUGGUACUUUCGGUUCUUUGCUAAGUACACCUUUCGAUGUGGUCAAAUCACGGGUGCAGAACACUGCUAUCGUUGCUGGUGAAGCUCGUAAAUACAACUGGUCGUGGCCAUCGCUGUUCACCAUCUACAGGGAAGAAGGUUUUGCUGCUUUGUACAAGGGUUUCGUGCCCAAGGUUCUAAGACUUGGACCGGGCGGCGGUAUCUUGUUGGUGGUGUUCACGGGUGUGAUGGACUUUUUCAGAGACUACCACUACAAACGUUGA